AUGGACUCGCCAAAUAGCAUUGCAGGGCCGGAGGAGCCUCCCCGCACCCCUCCACACCCCCCAUAUUCUCCAAUUACCCCCGUCCUCUCCCACGCCUCCAUGCCCACCCAACCUUCACCCUCACAGCAGAUCAUCCCGCCCCUUUCCAGCUCCUAUCCUUUCUCCCUUUCUUCUACCCCCGGAAACACUCUUACGCCUAUGUCCUCUAACGCGCCACCACUGCCUACGCGGACACCCAUCUUUAUGUCUGAACCAUUACCAGUUCCCAUAUCAGAAAGCAGUAACCCUGACGUCAUCGCCUUGCGCUCCGCCAUCUCCAUCCUCCAAAUGCAGAAACAACAGGCACUACGCGAUAUAAAAACAUUAGAUAAACUAAAACGUGCCGCUAUUGCACACCCGGAGGAGUUCGCGCGAGAGCUGGUCAAUGGUAAUCUUACCUCCAAGGCGGGUGACAUAUUCAAUCCCAACGGUUUCGAAAACGAAGAAGCGGCUGCGGAUGAAAACGCAUUCAAAGAGCAGCGAACAACGGAUCAAGAACAAACAGACCGGGGAGAAUGGACUAUGGACGUCGAUAAACCACCGUCGUUUAGCAAAAUCCCUAAACCUCAACAGGUCGUGCGCAUGCCGCCUAUCAACUGGGCUAAAUAUCAUGUUGUCGGGGAAUCUCUGGAUAAGCUACAUGAGGAACAGAGACAGCGUCCGACACCUGGUGAGCCGCAGAGAAAUGUCUAUGCCUCGCAAAGGGCCCCGGAGCAUUUUAUUGCUGCUCCAUAUCGCCCUUUUACUGACAGCUUGGACCCGCCUAUGAAAACGCGGAGUACUAAUAAGGGGAAGAAGUGA